AUGUAUUAUUCUUUUGAGCUUGACAAUGAAAGUAAAGAAUUGUGCACAAUUGUCACACAAUACGGCAAAUAUCAGUAUCAACGAAUGGCAAUGGGAUUGAAACCCGCUCCUGAUGUUGCUCAAUACUACAUUGAGAAAACAUUGCAUGGGUUAAAAGAGCAAGGUGUUGAAGUCUACAUCAACAAUGUUGGACUCUUUUCUAAUUCUUAUGAAGAACACAUGCAAUUGAUCAAGACAGUGGUCGACCGUCUACAGGAAGCUGGCUUCAAAAUCAAUCCUUUGCAGUGUGAAUGGUGA